AUGGAUUGCAAAGAUAUGGAGGAAAAUGGGAUGCGAACAAGGAGCUUCCGUUAUGAAGACUACAACAACAGAAGGGUGUUUUUGAGAAGCUAUCCUCUUUAUCAUGGAGCAGAAGAUGAGACAACCAAUGAAGAGACGGCCAGUGCCACAAACAAGGCCACUGAGAAGAAACCCAUCAAGAGGAUGAUCCUAUCAGUAAUUCAUUGGGGUGAAGGGAAGGUUCUAGUACUCAGAAAAUUUAAGCAUAAGCUCCAGGUUUAUAUCAUUGCUUGUAUGCCUGUCAGCUUUAAGCCCCCUACAGCCCGAAUUUCAGUUUAA